AUGGCGACCGGGCAAAGCGACCGAGAAGCGUCCAUCUCUUCAGAGGGAAAUCUCUUGGUAGAUCACGAUUACAGAGACGAUGAGUCGGAUGCGGAUUCCGGGUUUGAUGGAGGGCCACAAUCGUUACUCAGCGAGAGUGUCCGAUCGUCAGUGUACAACUACCGAUACGAAAAUGGGCGCACGUACCACUCAUAUCGCGAAGGUGCUUACUAUCUGCCCAACGACGAAGAGGAGCAAGAUCGACUUGAUCUGCUCCACCACAUCUGCAAAAUGCUGCUGGGCGGGGAGCUGUUCACCGCGCCCCUCCCUCGCGAUCCACAUCGUAUCCUCGACGUCGGCACCGGCACAGGUAUAUGGGCCGUUGAGAUCGCCGACCAGUUCCCCAGCGCCCAGGUGAUUGGCACGGAUCUGAGUCCGAUACAGCCGCCCUGGGUGCCACCGAAUCUACAGUUCUACGUCGACGACGCAGAAGCGGACUGGACGUGGGCGGAAAACGAGAAGUUUGAUUUUAUCCACGCCCGCGGUCUGUGCGGUGGCAUCGGGGACUGGCCACGGUUCUACGCGCAGGCUUUUAGGAAUCUCAAGCCUGGAGGCUGGAUUGAACUGCAAGAACAUGCCGUGAGCUUCUUCAGUGAUGAUGGCGGCUUGGAGCGUGCAACCGCGUGCGUCUCGGCCAUCGCACAACUACAACAAGCCAGCGAUAGGGUCGGAAAGCCACUGAAUGUGGCUCAUCUCCACAAACGCUGGAUGCUUCAAGCCGGGUUCCAGGAUGUGGAGGAAAUUGUGAAGAAGGUUCCCAUAGGGCCCUGGGCGAAGGAUCCAAAGUUGAAAGAGAUCGGAGUCCUCUAUCGAAUACAGAUGCUCCAAUCAGUGCCCUCUUUCAUGCUGGCCUAUUACAAGCGGGUCUUGCACCACAGCGACGAAGUCACCGAGACUGCCAUGGCCGAGGUGAAGGAGGAGUUUGUAGACCGCAGACUCCAUCUUUACCAGCGAUGGUACUUUGUCAAGGGCCGGAAGCCGGGAUAA